AAUGUUCUAACCUACAUAAAUGAUGGUCAUAAUUGUAAUCGUCAAUCUACUUCAUCUCAACAAUCUUCUCCUCUUGCUCCUAAUCGAUACAUGGAAACUAUAACAUCAAAAUUGUCGUCCAAUAAUGAUUACAAUAAAGCUGCUUUAUUGAAUAUGGAAUCCAACAACAAUAUCAAUCAUGCUAACGAUGUUGAUGUCAAUAGUGAUGAGGAUGAUGAUGAAUGUUCAGCCAUAGCUUCAGCUAUAGCUAACAUUCCCCCUUCAAAUGAUAUGAUCACUACUAAUAAUGAUCAUCUAACUGCUGCAUCAAUAAAAUAUUUUGAAAAUCAAUCUUUGUCAUCGAAUCGUUUUCAAUCCUUCAAAUCACCAAUACCAACUUUAACUAAACUCACUGAAUUCGAACUGAGUGAUGCAACAAUUUCACCGGAGACAACGAUCGAUCCUUCUUCGUUUCAACAACAACAGUUGCAGACACUUAACAAUUAUCCAAAUCAAUCAUCUGAUUGUCCUAUAAAGAUGGCCAUUAUUAAUAAUGAUAGUGGAUCGCAGGCAAAUUCUAAUAGAAAUACACAUAUCGAACGUAAUACAAAUUCAAGCGCUGCAUCAGUUUCGAGUGGACCUUCAAGCGGAGUAGGAUCUCUCUGUGAUUCCUAUCCUCGCAGUGUUGGAAUAAACGGUAGUUCUGGAUUAGGCUUGAUUGAACAGAAUUCCAACAUUCUUAUCCAUAACAACUUGAGUCCAGCAUCUCAAGAAUCAUCAUUGUCACCAAGCAAAUUUCUUCCAGCCGGAUCUGUUUUAUCAUCAUCGGCUUCAAUGACACCAUCACCAGCCGAUUUCGCCCCGGUGUCUACCGGUAAUAAUGGUUCUACUACCAAUGAAAAUGCUCUUUCGAUGUUACUUCAAUUGAAUAAAUGUCAAUUGAUAAAUGAUCUUGUUGAUGGACUUCCUAAACUGAUAACACCACCACCAUCAGCUCCGCAACACCAGCGUCAAUUUCCAAACAACAACAAUAUUGUAAAUCAAUCAAAAGAUUCACCAACAUCGAAUGUUUCCAAUCAAUUCGGAUUUGAUUUUAAUUCCCUGAACAGUACAAAUCAUAAUGCGAUUAAUCGUAAUCCUCAACGUCAACCACAACAACCGAUGUCAGAUGAAUCAUCCAAUUUUGGCUUUAAUGAUAGUGAUAGUUCCAAUAUUCAGAAUGCCUCAUCAUCGAAUGUUGGCAAUAAUAAUUUUUUCAAUGAUUUCAACAUAAAUUCGUUGUUUUCAUCAUUUGAUGAUAACGUUUCCGCAGUCGAAUCUGGUGCAUUUAUAACAAAUCAUUUCACUAGUCAGCCACAAAUUCAAACCACAAAUCAACAAUCGACAUCCAUUUUAAAACAGUAUCCAGACAAUGAUCCUAAUAUCCAGCUACAGAAUCAAUGCUUUACAAUGACUAUGCUUGAAGGAAACGAAUCUCAACAACAUCCGCAACCACAACAACAGCAACAGCAACAACAUCGUAAUCAGGCAGCGAAGUUUCCUAUAACCCAGUCCACAGCAAAUAAACAAUUGUCCAUGAUGUCGAAAUAUAUGUCAACAGCGUCUACAAUGCCGCAGCAACAUCACACAUUGACUACUCCACCAAAUCUAAUUGCUGGCCAACAUCAAACAUCUCCAAAUAUUCAUUCGACAAUUGACCAAUCGCAACAACAAGAAGAGCAAUUUUGCGAGCGGCAAACGUUGUAUCGUUUAAUUAUUAGCCAACUUUUAUUCGAUGGUCAUCGAAAUAUUGCUUGCCAUAUUUCAAAUGCGGAACACAUCAAAUGCGAUAGUUUUCUAAUUGGUCCUAGCCAAGAGCUUCACAAGUUGGUCACUUUUGCUAAAGCUAAAAAGAAGGAAGACAUUCUCAUCGAUAAACCGAUUCAAAUGACCCUGUCGAAUGCAAAUAAUGCAGGAUUUUCCGUAGCGGGUCGUGCAACUACCAAUUCCGCUACUAGUCCAUUCUAUGAUAUGAUUGAUUCUAACUGUACGUCGGCACAAAAUUCAUCGUUAGCAGGAAGAGCAUCACUUCCGCAACAAGCAUCUCACGCUCUUCGUAUGGAUGAUUGCAAUCAAUAUGUGAAAAAUAUUUUCGAUGAUACUUCGAAUACUUUGACUGGGAUCGGUUCAUCAAAUCCCAUGUUUUCUGCUAGGAAUGAAAGCGUUGGAUUAGCUUCCUCAUCAUCAAUUGUUACACCUCAGACAUCACAAUCUCAAUCGAUUUUGGAUUCCUAUGCUGACCUCAACAGUUCUACAACAGAUUUAUAUAGUCCAUCAAGUGGAACAAUUGAUUAUUUUUCAGCUAAUCGAAGUCCAGAAGUUUCAGGAAUGAAUGCAGCAGCUUCUAUGUUCGGAAAAUCAUCUGAUUUACAACAAAGACAAUUGGUUUUGAGCAAUAGCCGGGGAGCUGGUUCUGUAUCAGCUGCUGCUACCGGUUCUAAUGAAUUGGUUUUGACCGAAGCAUGUCUAAAAAACUUGAAUCAGCUUGCCAAACUGAAUUCUGGUCCUAAUAGCACUGCUGCCAUUAAUCAUCCGUCAUUGAUGUUUGGCCGUUCAGCAUCGGCUAUGGCCACGAUGUCUUCGCUUGGAAAUGGAAACGGUUCAGCCUCUGCUUCAGCUUCCAACAGCAAUAACGGUUUAUCACGAUCUCCUUUGACCAUAAAAUCACCCACAGGACAUUCUUCUGCUUCUCAUACGACUGGUCAAGGAAAAAGCCAUCAGAUCAUGCAAAUUGUUCAUAAAUUUGGCAGUCUUGGUCAAUUGAAAUCACAAUUUUCGUCGCCACAUGGAUUCUGUUUGGGGAUGAACGAUGAGAUUAUUAUUGCUGAUACAAACAAUCAUCGUAUAUGUGUUUACGAUAAAAACGGUGUCUGCAAACAAAUGUUCGGAAAUCCUGGAAAAGAUGAAGGGCAACUUUGGUAUCCUAGAAAGAUCGCGAUGAUUCCUCCCAACUUUGUCCGUUCGAAUGCUAACAGUCCUUAUUAUGUAAUAUGUGAUCGUGGAAUGGAACGUUCUCGAAUGCAAAUAUUCACUCGGACUGGAAAUUUUGUUCGAAAAAUACCGAUUCGUUAUAUUGAUAUUGUAGCUGGUAUUGCAAUUAAUAAUCGUGGACAUAUAGUGGUUGUCGAUUCGGUAUCGCCAACCAUCUAUGUCAUUACAAUCGAUAAUGGCACAUUAAUCGAAUGGCGGGAUUGUGGCAAUUAUAUGUGCGAACCAUCCGAUGUAGCAAUUUAUGACGAAGAUUAUUAUAUUUGCGAUUUUAAAGGUCAUUGUGUUGUUGUCAUCAAUACGAAUGGAGAUUUCAUUAGAAAAAUUGGAAUGGAAGGUUUAACUUCGUUUCCAAAUGGUAUUGAUAUAUCACCAGCUGGUGAUAUAUUCGUCGGCGAUUCACAUGGUAAUAAAUUCCAUGUGGUCGUAUUUAAUCGUGAUGGCCGUUUGUUGGCCGAAUAUGAAUGUCCCUAUUGUAAAGUAUCACGAUGCUGUGGUUUGAAAUUGACCAAAGACAAUAAUAUCGUCACAUUAGCCAAGAAUAAUCAUCAUGUGCUGGUCUUGAAUCCAAAUUUUCAACAACAAUUGCAAUCACAACCGACACAGCUGCAACAACAACAAUCCGUAUGAAAUGUUAAAUUCGUCAAAUUCAUUUCAUUUCAUUAAUAUCAAUAAUGGAUUUAAACAUAUGAAUUCAUUGCGAUCAUCAACAAUUUGCUGCAAUUUUUCUCACAUUC